CUCAACAUUCCAACUUCCCCACCAAAAAAAAACAAUUCUGGAAAGCCAAAACCCGUAAAAGCAUGAACUUACGGCGCGGUUUUCCGCUGCUGUGGCAGCAAUACGCAGCGCUUCUAAAGAAGAAUCUACUGCUCUCGUGGCGGAACAAGACGGCGACGUUCAUGCAGCUCUUCUCGUCCUUAUUCUUCAUCUUCCUUAUCUUCUCCAUCCAGAAGGCCAUCGAGGCUCGCUACGCGACCUCCACGGCAUAUAAGAGCGUGACGGACCCUAAGGCCCUGCUCUUGCCGCCGAUCCCGCCCUGCGAGGACAAGUUCUACACCAAGCUCCCCUGCUUCGACCUUCUGUGGAGCGGGAAUGCGAGCGCCACGGUUCGGAAGAUUGUGACAAACAUCAUGGCCAAUAACCCUGGCAGGCCGAUUCCGGAGAGCAAGGUUCAAUCAUUUGGAACACCGAGUGAAGUAGAUGCAUGGCUUCUUAGUAAUCCGAUGAGGUGCCCAGGAGCUUUGCAUUUUGUAGAAAGAAAUGCUACUGUAAUUAGCUACGGCAUACAGACUAAUUCAACUCCAGUUUCGGUGCGUGGGAAUUAUGAAGAUCCCACAUUUAAAUUUCAAAUACCACUUCAAAUUGCCACAGAGCGUGAGAUUGCGAGACAUCUGAUUGGAGACCCAAGCUUUAGCUGGGUUGUGGGGAUCAAGGAAUUUGCACACCCUGCAGUGUCAACUUUCUCUGCAGUGUCUGCAGUAGGACCAACCUUUUUCCUUGCAACUGCCAUGUUUACUUUUGUGGUUCAAAUCAGUUCUUUGAUCACAGAGAAAGAGCUUAAACUUCGCCAGGUAUUGAUCGACCUUCCGCAAUCUGAAGUUAAAAAUAGGAUUAAUAUUGCCGUCCCUUUGCAGAAUUGUUCUAUUUUUCAUUUUUGGUUUUUAUCCUCACAGGCAAUGAAUAUGAUGGGUCUUUAUGAUUCUGCCUACUGGCUCUCAUGGCUCGCAUGGGAGGGAUUUCUUACACUUCUCUCCUCACUUUUCUUAGUUCUCUUUGGCAUGAUGUUUCAGUUUGAUUUUUUCUUGCACAACAGUUUUGCGGUUGUGUUCUUUGUGUUCUUUCUUUUCCAACUCAAUAUGAUUGGCUUUGCCUUCAUGUUGUCAUCCUUCAUUAGCAAGUCAUCUUCAUCCACAACAGUGGGUUUCUCCAUAUUUAUUGUUGGCUUUAUGACGCAGCUUGUUACAAUAUUUGGAUUUCCCUACCGACACAACUUCUCUAGUAACUUAAGAGCUAUCUGGUCGUUGUUCCCACCUAAUCUUCUUGCUCAAGCUCUAAAUCUUCUUUCUGAUGCAACUUCAACCCCUCAAGAUGUUGGGGUGAGCUGGAGUAGGCGGGCCAAGUGCGCACCAAAUGAUACGGAGUGUGUGAUAACAAUUGAUGAUAUUUACAAAUGGCUUGUUGCUACGUUUUUUCUGUGGUUUGUAUUGGCUAUCUACUUCGACAAUAUAAUCCCAAAUGCAUCUGGUGUGAGAAAAUCAGUGUUUUACUUCCUAAACCCUUGGUAUUGGAUGGGGAAAGGUGGAAGCAAAGUGAGAGAGGGUGGCAUUUGUAGUUGCAUAGGUUCUGUCCCACAGCAGGAGCAUAUUACUCCAGAUGAUGGAGAUGUCCUUGAAGAGGAAAACCUAGUAAAACAUCAAACACAGGAAGGCGUUGUUGAUCCAAAUGUUGCUGUUCAAAUACGUGGUCUUGCAAAGACAUAUCCUGGGACUAGGCAGUGUGGUUGCUGUAAAUGCAAGAAGACUCCACCUUACCAUGCCCUUAGGGGCUUGUGGGUGAACUUUGCAAAAGAUCAGUUAUUUUGUCUUCUUGGACCUAACGGAGCUGGAAAAACUACGGCAAUUAAUUGUUUGACUGGGAUUACACCAGUGACUGGUGGAGAUGCAUUAAUUUAUGGAAAUUCAAUCCGAAGCGCAGUUGGCAUGUCAAACAUUCGCAGAAUUAUAGGAGUUUGUCCCCAGUUUGAUAUCCUUUGGGAUGCAUUGUCUGGUCAAGAGCACCUUCACCUCUUUGCUAGUAUCAAAGGCCUACCCCCUGCUUCUAUUAAAUCGGUUGCUCAGAAUUCAUUGGCAGAGGUGAGACUCACUGAGGCAGCCAAAAUGAGAGCUGGGAGUUACAGUGGAGGAAUGAAACGUCGCCUCAGUGUUGCAAUAGCCCUUAUUGGCGAUCCGAAGUUAGUCAUUUUGGAUGAGCCGACAACUGGCAUGGAUCCAAUAACGAGAAGACAUGUAUGGGACAUAAUAAAUGAUGCAAAGAAAGGUCGUGCCAUUGUCCUAACAACACAUUCAAUGGAAGAAGCUGAUAUUUUAAGUGACCGCAUAGGAAUCAUGGCCAAGGGUAGACUUCGCUGCAUUGGAACCUCAAUCAGGUUGAAGUCACGGUUUGGCACUGGUUUCAUUGCUAAUGUUAGCUUCCUUGGAAGCAAUAAUGGACAGACUCCACAGACUCAUUCUCCUCCCCAAGGAGCUGCAGUUUCUACAAUUCAUCAUGAGGCUGUGAAGCAGUUUUUCAAAGAUCGAUUGGAUAUAGUACCGAAAGAGGAGAAUAAAGCCUUUUUGACUUUCGUGAUUCCUCAUGAUAGAGAGAAGCUUUUGACGAAAUUUUUCGAGGAGCUACAAAAUAGAGAAAAGGAAUUUGGUAUAUCAGACAUUCAACUGGGUCUUACAACACUUGAAGAAGUUUUCUUGAAUAUUGCGAGGCAGGCAGAGCUAGAGAGUGCGGCAGCCGAAGGGAGGUUGGCAACUCUGACUUUAACAUCUGGAGUCGCAGUUUCAAUACCUUUGGGAGCCAGGUUUGUGGGAAUUCCAGGAACAGAAUCUGAAGAGAAUCCUAGAGGGAUUAUGGUAGAAGUGUACUGGGAGCAAGAUGAUUCUGGAACCCUCUGCAUUUCUGGCCACUCGACUGAGAUUCCACUCCCCCAUAAUAUUCAACCAAUGCCUUCAACAGUGACUUCUCAAAGAAAUUUCUUAGGCCGGUCAGGACUUGUUCAUGGAGUUGUGUUUGAUCCGAAUCAAAUUACAAGUACUGAAUAUCAUUGACACAUUUACUUUCGAGUUGUAUACUAGAACAUUGAAAAACUUUACAUGAUUUUGCUAUAUACCGCAAUGAUUUAUUUAUAUAUUAUUACAUUGUUAUGCUCA